UUCCACACGGAGGACUUAGUGUACCGGUCACAAUAAUGCUCCUGCCGGUGGUUGUGUCGGUGGUUCUGCUCUUCUGUGUGUGGAUGAAAUGGGCUUUCCGCGCACACCGGCGGCGGAUGGACUGGUGUCUGCGGAGGUUCGGUUCUGCCGGUGCGGAGGUUCGGGUUCUGGUGGUGACGGCGCAUCCGGAUGACGAGUGUAUGUUCUUUGGACCGAGCAUCAUCCGGUUAACGGAAGAGAAGGCAGAGGUCCACCUGCUGUGUCUGUCUGAAGGAAACUACUACAACCAGGGCUCCCAGAGGAGGGAGGAGCUACUGAACAGCUGUUCACUGUUGGGGAUCCCACAGUCCAGAGUCACCCUGGUGGACCACAGAAGCCUCCCUGAUGACCCCACAGCAGAAUGGAGCAUCUCCUUGGUUUCGUCUCUAAUCUCCAAACACAUAAAGGCUCAUUCCUUCAACAUGGUGCUGACCUUUGACAGUGCUGGAGUCAGUGGUCAUUCCAAUCAUGUGUCCAUCUUUAAAGCUGUCAGUCACCUGGCCUCCAGCGGACACGUCCCAGAUGACUGUUGUUUACUGUCUCUGGACACCGUUGGACUCUUCAGGAAGUACGUCUCCGUCCUGGACCUUCCUCUCAGCUGGACCCUGUCCUCCAGUCUCUGCGUCUUCAGUGGGUUAUGGGGAUACCGGCGAGCCAGGGACGCCAUGCUGUGCCACCGCUCUCAGCUGCUGUGGUUUCGUCACCUCUACAUGGUGUUUUCACGCUACAUGUUUGUCAACACAUUCCAGAUGAUCCACGAGGGACCGAGAAACCUGAGGAUCUACUAGGACCGUGUCCUCUGACGGACACGAGACCCUGGACAGAUUGGACACAGAGACGUUUAAGUG